AUGAAACCAUCAGAUGGUGAUAAAGUACAAGUUAAAAGAACCGAUGUUGGUGAAUUAACAGAGUCAGAAAAGCAAGAAAUAAGAGAAGCUUUCGAUAUGUUUGCACAAGAUGGUUCAUCUUAUCUCGACCUUUCACAAUUUAAAGUUGCUAUGCGAGCUCUAGGCUUUGUACCUGCUAAAGGAGAAGCUAAGGCUUUAAUGGCAAGAGUUUGUGAUGGAAAUAAUCAAUCAAUGGACUUCAGUCAAUUCCAAACUCUUAUGGCAGAAAAAAUGUUCGAGAGAAAUCCCAAGAUAGAAAUUGAUCAAGCCUGGGAACUUUUUGAUAAAGAUCAAGAUGGAUACAUUUCAUUCGAAGAUCUCAAGUCAAUUACAGACGAACUUGGCGAAAACCUUACAGAACAAGAACUCCUUGAUAUGAUUAAAGAAGCGGAUAGAGAGAAAAAGGGCAUGAUUGGAAAAGAAGACUUUUAUCGCGUUUUAUACAGAUCUGGACUAUUCGGAGUCUUCGAUGACGAAGAUGACGAUAGUGACUGA